UUUAUCAAACGUUCGAAUUUCAAAUUUGUGUUUCAAGCACUAGAAAAUUGACCAAAUUCCAUGUACUCAUAAGCUAGCAAACACGUAUACCGGUCAAAAAAAUUGUCACUUUAUAUUACUACUAGUACACACCCACUUUCCAUAUAUUAAUUCAUUUACAAAGUCUUCUUCCAAUUCAAUUCAAAAUCAACAAUCUCAUUACCAAGUCUUCAAUUUGGUCAAGCAUUCAAAACACCCAUAAACAAUUUCAUCAUUCAUGAACCUUCCUCAUUCAUUUUAACCCAUCUUUUCAUAUAAAAUCUCAAACUCCAAAACUCUAUUCCAAACCUCAAACCCAAAAAACACAACACAAAAACACAAACUUGUUCUAUUUUGUUUCAUAUUUUAGCUUAAGAAGAAAAAAAUGCAAGACACCCAACAUCAACAACAGCAACAAACAAAAGAAAGUACACAACAACUUCCACCAAAGAUGUCUUUUUCCGGACAAAACAAGAACGAGGGUUACAUGUCUAUGUCUCAACGGUUCAGACCGGCUUGCACGUGUUUGAACCGACCCGGUUCGGUUCGGUGUGCACGUCAUGGGUAUGUAGUACCAGGAGAAAGGUUGAAGAAGCGUUUGGCGAGUAAAGAGAUAUUGAGAAGAGCUUUAACACCACCACCAAAACGUUUAGGACUUAGAUGGUUGAAUUUCAAACCAACACCUAGUAGACUCUCUAUCAUGUCUAUGGCUUCAUGAUUUUUCUCUCUCCUGUUUUUCUUUUUUUUUUUUUUGAAUUUUUUGUUUGGAUGAUUGUACAAGUUUAACUAUCCAAUUAAAUUAGAUGAUGAUAUAUAUUUAUUGUUUACAAA